AUGCCGCCGCCAGACGUCAAUAUUACACUUGAAUCACUUGUUUUUCGCCUUAAACGCAACCAAAUACCAAGUGGAUUCCAAAUAGCUUUAGAAACAGCACUUCUACUUCGGCAAAUGGUUUCUGCUGCCCGAUGGUCUGAUAUUAACCAACUUAUUACUCAAAUUCAAAAAUGGGGAUCUAAACUAAUUGAAGCUCAACCAAGAGAGUUUAUUAGUGGCAAUAUUGUCCGCAGAGUAUUAUUUCUUAUCCGAGAAGAAAUUAACAAUGCAUCAAACGAUUCUCAGGAGGAAAAACAAACUUACAACAAUCAUACAAUGUAUACUAGUAUUGAAGGGAAUCUCGAAAGAAUCACCUCUAGUCCUAUCUAUUCAUCCAUGUUAAAUCUUCUGGGAAAGCCUAGUGAUUAUGAACCAAAUAGUUCACAAAAACAAACAGCUAAAGUAAAUGUUGAUAUAAGACCUAUUAUUAUCCAAGGGAUCCAAGAUAUUGUUGACGAACUCGAAAAAACACAUACAGAUAUUUCAGCACAAGCUUUGGACCAUAUUCAUUCCAAUGAAAUUAUUAUGACCCAUGGAGUAUCAAAGACAAUUGAAGCCUUCUUACGCGCAGCAACAAAAAAAAGGAAGUUUACGGUUAUCUUGGCAGAGUCAUUUCCCAAUGAUCACGCAUCUUCUCAUGCAUCAAUCAUUUCACUAGCAAAUGCUGGAAUUGAUGCAAUUCUUAUACCUGAUGCAGCGGUCUUUGCACUGAUGAGUCGUGUUAACAAAGUCAUUCUUGGUGCGCAUGUAGUCUUUGCAAAUGGUGGUGUAUUAGUUUCAGCUGGUGCAAAAAACUUAGCAGCGGCAGCCAAACAUCAUGCUACACCUGUAAUAAUAUGUGCUGGAAUUUACAAACUCAGUCCAGUGUAUCCUCAUAACCCAGAUUCACUUAUUACAUUGUCUUCACCGAAUAAUGUUGUACCAUUUGAACAAGAUUUGAUAGACAAUGUUGACAUUAUUAAUGCAUGUGACGAUUAUAUUCCACCAUCUAUGAUUGAUUUAUACAUUACAAACUUGGGCGGUCACCCUCCAUCAUAUCUAUCACGAAUGAUUAGAGAUCAUUAUGAUCCUAGAGAUACAGCUCUAUGA